CCCGCCUCCCGCCCGCUCCGCAGCGCCAGCUCGGCAGGCGCGGGGCGUGAGUCUCGAGUGAGACCCGCCAGGCUCCAACUCCGCAGCGCCGGAGCUCCGCGGGCAGCAACUUUCUACCCGGAGCAGCCGCGGCGGCGGCUGCUGCCGUGGCAGCCGGAGCGGGAGGCGGGAGGAGGAAGGCGGCGGCGUAGGUCCUGCCCUUUUGGGCUGUCCAGCCCUCGGAGACCGCCGGCCCGCGGAGCCUCGCCCCCCCGGGAAGUCCCGGGCCCCUGCCCUAUGUCCCGCAAGGCGAGCGAGAAUGUGGAGUACACGCUGCGGAGCCUGAGCAGCCUCAUGGGCGAGCGGCGCAGGAAGCAGCAGGAGCCGGACGCGGCGAGCGCGGCCGGGGAGCGCAGCCUCCUGGCGGCCGCCGAGUCGAGCGCCAGCCUGCAGAGCGCGGGCGCGGGCGGCAGCGGCGUCGGGGACCUGGAGCGCGCGGCGCGGCGGCAGUUCCAGCAGGACGAGACCCCCGCCUUCGUGUACGUGGUGGCCGUCUUCUCCGCGCUGGGCGGCUUCCUGUUCGGCUAUGACACCGGCGUGGUGUCGGGGGCCAUGCUGCUGCUCAAGCGGCAGCUCAGCCUGGACGCGCUGUGGCAGGAGCUGCUGGUGUCCAGCACCGUGGGGGCGGCCGCCGUCUCGGCGCUGGCCGGCGGGGCCCUCAACGGCGUCUUCGGCCGCCGCGCCGCCAUCCUGCUGGCCAGUGCCCUCUUCACGGCCGGGUCCGCGGUGCUGGCCGCGGCCAACAACAAGGAGACGCUGCUCGCCGGCCGCCUGGUCGUGGGGCUCGGCAUCGGCAUUGCUUCCAUGACAGUGCCCGUGUACAUCGCCGAGGUCUCCCCGCCCAAUUUAAGAGGUCGCUUAGUCACCAUCAAUACCCUUUUCAUCACCGGAGGCCAGUUCUUUGCAAGUGUUGUUGAUGGAGCCUUCAGUUAUCUCCAGAAGGAUGGAUGGAGGUACAUGUUGGGACUUGCAGCAAUUCCAGCAGUUAUACAGUUUUUUGGCUUUCUGUUUUUACCUGAAAGCCCUCGAUGGCUGAUUCAGAAAGGACAGACUCAGAAAGCCCGUAGAAUUUUGUCUCAGAUGCGUGGUAACCAGACCAUUGAUGAGGAAUAUGAUAGCAUCAAAAACAACAUUGAAGAAGAGGAAAAAGAGGUUGGCUCAGCUGGACCUGUGAUCUGCAGAAUGCUGAGUUAUCCCCCAACUCGCCGAGCUUUAAUUGUGGGUUGUGGUCUACAAAUGUUCCAACAGCUCUCAGGCAUUAACACCAUCAUGUACUACAGUGCCACCAUUCUGCAGAUGUCUGGUGUUGAAGAUGACAGACUUGCGAUAUGGCUGGCUUCGGUGACAGCCUUCACAAAUUUCAUAUUCACGCUCGUGGGGGUCUGGCUUGUUGAGAAAGUUGGCCGCAGGAAGCUUACCUUUGGCAGCUUAGCAGGUACCACUGUGGCGCUCCUUGUUCUUGCUCUGGGAUUUCUGCUGUCUGCACAGGUUUCCCCACGCAUCACUUUUAAACCAGUCGUUCCAUCUGGACAGAACAGUACUUGCACAAGAUACAGUUACUGUAACGAAUGUAUGUUGGAUCCAGAUUGUGGUUUCUGCUACAAGAUGAACAAAUCAACUGUCAUUGACUCCUCCUGUGUUCCAGUUAAUAAGGCAUCUACAAAUGAGGCAGCCUGGGGCAGGUGUGAGAAUGAAACCAAAUUUAAAACAGAAGAUGUAUUUUGGGCUUACAAUUUCUGCCCUACACCAUACUCCUGGACUGCACUUCUGGGCCUUAUUUUAUAUCUUGUUUUCUUCGCACCUGGAAUGGGACCAAUGCCCUGGACUGUGAAUUCUGAAAUAUAUCCCCUUUGGGCAAGAAGUACAGGAAAUGCAUGUUCAUCUGGAAUAAACUGGAUUUUCAACGUUCUGGUUUCACUGACAUUUUUACACACAGCAGAGUAUCUUACAUAUUAUGGAGCCUUCUUCCUUUAUGCUGGAUUCGCUGGUGUGGGACUCCUUUUCAUCUAUGGCUGUCUUCCUGAAACCAAAGGGAAAAAAUUAGAAGAAAUAGAAUCACUCUUUGACAACAGGUUAUGUACAUGUGGCGCUUCAGAUUCUGAUGAAGGGAGAUAUAUUGAAUAUAUUCGGGUGAAGGGAAGUAACUAUCAUCUUUCUGACAACGAUGCUUCUGAUGUAGAAUAAUUUUCAGAUGCUGAUUUAUUUAGGUAUUUAAACAAACCUGGGGGACAAAAGCAGCAAUUGGUGACCUCAAUGCCCUGCUUUUAAUCUGGUUCUUUCCACAGUCUAGUUUUGAAUGACCUCAUAAUCUAGAAUAUUUGAUUAGGAGGAAGAUACAACCAUGAUGACAUUUUUUUUUCACAAGCAGAAAUAUAAAACAAUAUUUAGAGAUUUUAAACUAAUAAUUACUGAACAAAUGUAUGUAAUUCCUUCCUGAGGUAGUCUAAAAUGAAUAUUGUAUCCAGUGACUUCAGUGGUAUCCUUUUUUCCUAAAACCAUAUAUAAUUAUUAGUGGCAAUAGAAUCAGUCUAUUCUAGCUUAAUUGUAUGAUAUACUUAUGAAGGAGGAUUCUGGGAUAAGAUCCGAGGGUGUUUUCUGUCAAAACAUGGCCUGUUGGUCCUAAAUUUUCCGAAGGACAAGAAGUGUAUCUGUGAUCAGCUAUUAGAAAGAUUCUGUUUAAGCUUUCAACAAAUUCAAAAGUACCUCAUACAGAGGCACAGUUGUCCUUAUCUCCUGUGGAUUCCACAUUUUGGUCUCUCUCUCCAAAUCAGAUCUUGAGAGUUCUUCAGAAACUGACUCUGCACAGGACCUUUUGAACAUUAUGAAAAGCAGGUCUUUUAGGGUUUAUUUUCAUACAUAUAUUUUGCAUUGGUGAUAAGUAUACAUUUGCACAGAUAAGGUAGCAAGUUUUGAUAAGUAUAUUUUAUUGCUAGAAAGUAAGAAAGAAAACAUUUUUAUGGAUCCCUGAUAUGAGUUAGUCACUUAGGUACGCAACUAUAAACACAAAAUAGCACCAGAUCUUUGACUGUGUUUCAGGGUUUCUGUUCAUGCCAAAAUCACCUGAUGCUUACCAUGCCUUCACUCAUCGCCUCUGGAGUCCUACUAUUUGUGCCUUCAUUUGUGUUAAUACAAAUAGUUGCUAGCAGACUAUUUUUCCCCUUCUUUUAAUCGAGUAAUUCCUGAAGCAAAAAAGAAAGAAAGAAAAAAUCAGUGACAGAUAAUCCAGCUGUUACUGAUGUUUUAAUUAAAUAGUGGGACAAAUUUUUUCCUUAGUUUUUUUAGUAACUCUUAAGGGAACUGUGACAUUACUUAAUAAUACUAUAGUCUUUUUUUUUACUUUAAGAACAUAAACUCAUUUUUAUUUUGCACACCCUUUUCUCAUUUGCCCUGACAGUUUAUCAAAAAAAGACAUAGAUAUGUCUGUGGGUGUUUCCUUUUUCUCAUACUUGCUUGGACUUUUUUCCUUCUUGUCUAAAAAUUAGGAUUUUCUAUUGGAACAGAUUAAUGGUUCUAAUAUAAUAUACAUUGCUACAAUGUCUUCUCAAAAUGUUUGUUGGUUUUUAUGCCCAUUCAUCAAUGAACUCUAAUUUUUGCUCUUAAGAGCUAUUCAGAAUAUAAAAAAUUACUUGCUAAUUCCAAUGAAAAUAUGAAUGGUCUGGGGCCAGAUAGGAAUAUGUAAGUUUGAUGGACUUUAAUAUGGCUCUAAACUUCUAAUAAGGUACUCUUUGGAGUGAAAAGAUGGCUAUCUCUAAAUUCAGUGUGUUUCUGCCAGUCCCCAAGAUGUUUUGUUCUUCGCUUGAAGUCUGGUUUAUUCCUAGAACUAUUAUCAAAACUGAAGAUGUAGCCAAGGAGGUUUGUUCUCAUAGCCACCAGGAAUAUGGUAACUGCUUGAACUGUCAUUUUACUGGUCUAAAUAUCCUUCAGCCAAAAAAAAAAGUUUUCUUCCUUUGAUCAUUUCAUAUAUUAAAAAAAUUUUAGAGAGUUGUUUUCCCCUGAAUUAGGUGCUUUGAUUUCUAAGGGGAUAUUAAUAUUGAUCUUUUCCCCCAGAAAAGGAGAUGUGAUUUAAUAGAGAAAAUCAUUGAUAUUUCUUAUCCCAUAAGAAAUAUCUUAUCUGUGUAAUAUUUCACACAGGUAAAGUGGAAAAUGAGCUAUUGUGUGGUAAAAUCAGAAUAUGAUGGGAAGAAAAAAUAUUUAGACCAAUAAAGUGCUCUCUAAAAAUGUAUUUUUCUGAUUUAUCCAAAUUGCCUCAAUUCUUCUCUUUAUUACAUGCAUAGCCUUAACUAUAUGCUUAUGUACUCAGCUGUGCUGAAUGCACAGUAACUUUAUUAAAGGAGCAACUGGACUUUUAUUAUUUCUUAAAGCAGAACAUGGCCUGUUCUCCCUGACAUAAGCAAAUCGUAUAUUCAACUUUAUAUCCAUAACUGCACAUAGUAGCAGGGAAGAUUAGCCACAUUCUCCUUUAUUCUCCUCAACCUCUCCUUUAAAGGACUAUUUGUUAUUUAUAUAGUGAUAAAGACAAAUUUCCUUAUCUUUGAAGUACAAUACAGUUGGCACAGUAUAAAGAUUAUUGAUAAUUUUUUUAAAAACUACUUAAAAAGAAACCUUAUACAAUUAGAGUAUUAUUUUUAGAUUUGGUGAACCUUUAUAAUAUACUAAAAAUUAAGUAUUUGAAUUUUGCAGGUUUUUUUAUAUUAUGUACCUUUUAAGUUCUCAGCAUCUUUGGCUACCACCACCAACUUGAAAACAUUCCAUUUGAAAUACCAUCAAAUGUAUAUUUUGUAGGACAAUUUAUAUAUGGUAUGAUUUGACCUACCAUAUUAUAACAGGUUAAGCAUCAUGCUUUUAACCAAAAUUAGGGUUUCCUUCUAAGCAUGCUGCAAAUUCACUAGAGACCUAUUGUGUUUUAGGAACACGUAGUAAAGAAAAUCGUAACCCCUAUUUGAGGCUUAGCUUGGGUGGCUGAUGAGAUCUACCAUAGACUAAAGAGAAUGUAACCCUUCACCUGCAUUUGAACACAUAGGGCUGAAUGUGCUGUCAGAUAAAUUUUAAAGAUUUGGUAUUAAUAUUUUUCUUCAACACAAGCAUUCCUAAUAAUUUUGACUGUUGUACCUUAGUAAUUAAUUACCCAAAACAUUAUUUUUAAUGUAUUUGUAAAAGAUCUAAAUCAAAACUAAAUUUAAAAGGUAGUAUUUCCGUUUGUAAUUUUGUUCCCAGCCAUAUGCAAUAAUUAGUCCCCUGAUGGAAAAUGCUAUGACAGUAAUGUUGUCAAGUGCUUUUUCAUAAUUUUAUUUUACCACUGAGCUAGAUUUUAGUGUAUGGAGUCUAAAUACUAUUUUUUAAGUUACUCUAAAAUGAGAAUUCAAUUAAAACAAAAAAUUUAGAAGUUGCUUACUAUCAUUUCAAAAUCCAUUAUCUAGAGGAAGAAUGAAGAGGAAAAAUGUUAACUGACAACUUACCCUUUGACUUUUAUAUUGGAAAGUAAAAUUGAAAUGUAAUUAUAGAUUCUAGGGGAAGGAUAUUCUAAAAAAUACUAUCUAUAUCUUAUCUAAGAAAGUCCCACAGCUUAAUGACACUAAUGGCUUAAAAUACCAUAAUAUAGUGACAGGGAGUGGAAGGAUUUUUAUCACAUUGGCACAGUAAUUAAGAAUAAUUAAUGAGAUUUUUGUUAUAAUCAGUUAUAUUUUUUAACUGUUUUCCUGAUUAGAAAAUCUCAAAUUCUACUUAGCACCUAACAACUUACAUUUAUACAGCUGUUGCAACAAGUUUUCAGUUUUUAUCUUUUUACUAACUGCAAAUAAAAAAAAUGACCUAGCAGGCCCAUGACAGAGAAUUCAUAACAUGUGCUUUAUAGAAGAAUCUAUUAAACAGUGGAUAAAAUAUAUAGCUGCUGCCUAUGAAAAGACUUAGAAUUCUUCUCUGGAUUGAUUUUAAUGUCCUGUUUUCUUUUUUAUCAGUUUUCUUAGCCUCAUGUACAAAAAUGUCAAGCUAGUUUGAUGAAGUGAUCAGUUGGUAACAACAGAUCAAUUAUCAGUACUUUCAGUUCUUCUGGGUGAGAAAUAUUGCUGUUUUCUGGAAAUAGCAAUCAUUUAAAAAUGCCAAAUAGCUAACUGCUACCAACUCUCUUUUACAUCGUCUUUUAGAGGGGGAAAUAUUUGUGUGCCAGUAAUCAUCAAAGAGAUAUUUUGUAAGAGUGUUAAUGAUGUUCAGAAAUACAUGAGAGAAUUUUAUCCUCUUAAUUUGCCUGUGAGUGUAGAAUGGUGUGAUUCCUAUAAAUCUUUAUAUGUAUAAAGCAGUCUUGCACUUGAGUAAUUUGUCUAUGGAAUGUUCAAUAACUACUUUCUUUAGCAGUAAUAUUCAUAUAUUUAUUUCACACAGUUAAGUUCAUGUGUUUGAUUUUUGUCAUAUCAGUAUGAGAAAAAGGAAUGCAGCGUACAAGUACUUAUAAACCGAUAUUUUGUGAAGUUUUAUGAUUUUAGUAAAUUUAACAUCAUUCCAUCUCAUUUGAAGGUUAAAAAAAAAAAUAAGACUUAACUCUAGCCAAAGUAGAACUUUAUAUUCUACAUGUCCAAACUGGUUCCUAGAGGCUUUUGGACUAUAUAUCACAUUUGAUGUUAGAGUAUCUUUAUUUGUAAUAAAUGUUCAGAUUUCUAUUUAAAAGCUCUAAUGUACAUCUAGAUUAAAUCAAGAGUUUUAUGCUUUUAAAAUAUGUAUUUCAAAAUGUAUAUUUUAAUUUGAGUGCAUGUUAUAUAUAUAGUAUUUAAUACUUCACAUGUCUUGGAAAAUUCAAUAUAAAUAUUUAUUCUUACAUGUGACUUAUGGGGUAUCUCUUAAAAAUUAUGACUAUGUAUCAUUCCCUUCAAAGUCAUUCUAGCCUAUAGCUGUAUCAAAAGUAUUGUAUAUUUUAUGGAAAUUUAGUGAUGUAUAUGUAAAUUUUUUAAGUUAUUUUAUUGAAGUUCAAUCUUUACAUAAAAUUAAAAUCUUUUUUUAAAAAAAGUGUCAGUGCCAGAACUGUAAAUGAAAAUAAUCAAAUAAAAGUUAUGACAAUUCAUUA